AUGUCCUUUCCAUGCUGUGAGGAUGACCAAGGCGACCAUGACCCAAACGCGUAUCGCUUGACAGAAGUGGUGUUGGUUGGACCCGCGCCAGCACCAGAAGAGAGAGAGUCGCGGCCAGAGGUCCUCCUUCGUAACGGAGCCAAGUACACUGGCCAGUGGAGGGGGAACCUCAGAGAUGGUUCGGGCACGCUAGUCUGGCCCGACGGUGCGAGUUAUGUUGGGGAGUUUUGCGAGGAUGUUGCUGAAGGCUACGGAAAGUUCAUGCAGCCAGAAGGUGACGUCUAUGAGGGGCACUGGGUAGCUGACAAAGCUCAUGGGAAAGGAAAGUACAUCCAGGUAGAUGGAGCAAUCUUUGAAGGCGAGUGGGUAGCUGACCAACAGCAUGGGCACGGCCAGGAAACUUGGCCAGACGGUUCAACUUAUGUUGGCGAGUACCUCGAAGGAAAGAAAACUGGAAAGGGCAUUUUUUCGUGGCCCGGUGGGUCAAAGUACUCGGGCACCUUUAAGGACAAUGAGAUUGAUGGUGAAGGAACCUACGACUGGUCUGACGGUCGUCGUUACCAUGGCCAGUGGAGCAAAUGUAAGAUGCACGGUAUUGGUACAUGUGUUUGGCCUGAUGGCCGAUCCUACGAAGGCCAUUACCACUACGACAAGAAACAUGGAUACGGCGUUUUCCGCUGGCCAGAUGGCAGCCGCUUCACGGGUGAGUGGCAGAACGGCAAGCAGCACGGUCCAGGUACGAAGCUCAGGCUGACGAAGAAUCGAUGGACUUAA